AUGGCCAUGUCCUUGCUCACGGCCAGCCCCAAGAGUCUUGACACAGGGAUGGACAGCAGUGAGACUGAGAUUCCCCAGUCAGAACAAGGGCAGAAAUUGCUGUCAUUUGAGGAUGUGGCUUUGUUCUUCACCAGAGAGGAGUGGGAAAACCUUAACUGGGCCCAAAAGUACCUCUACAGAGAUGUUAUGCUGGAGAAUUACAGAAGUAUGAUCUUCUUAGGAUUUCAGUUCCCCAAACCUGAGGUGAUCUCUCAACUGGAGGACUGGGACGAGCCAUGGAUCCUGGAUCUGCCUAGGACUUGGACUAGGAUGACUUCUGGCACUGCUUCCCCAGGUUCUGAAGCCACGUACAACAAGAUGAAAGACCUAACGUCAAUGCAGAGAAUUUCCAAAGAACUAGUAUCAAAUGAAGUAUCAGUGGUUAAGCAAGAGAAGGCCAAGAAAAUCCCUGAGAAGCUGUAUGAAUGUGGUGAAUUUGUAGAUAAUUUCAGAGUUGCACUGUCUGUUAGUGGUGAUGACUGUAAGAAGGGCUUCAUCCAAAGCCUUACCUUUGUUGAAGACCAGAAUGUUCAAACAAAGCCACAGGGCAAAUAUAACGAAUAUGGGAAAUCCUUCAAUCAAAGGUCUUUGCUUUUAAGGCAUAAGCAAAUUCUUACACAGCCAAUAUAUUAUGAAUACAGUGAAUGUGGAAUAGUCAAAGAUUUGGUUCAACAUCAAAGAAUUCAUCCUUCAGAGAAUCCUUGUGAGUGUAACAUUUAUGGACAAUCUGUCAAACAGAAGUCAGCUCUUAUGACAGUCCAUAAGUACUGUCAUCCGCCAAAAAAGCCAUAUAAAUGUCAUGACUGUGGAAAGUUUUUCCGUCAGAUCUCUUAUCUUGUGGAACAUAAGAGGAUUCACACCAAAGAAAAACCGUAUAAAUGUAGUGAAUGUGAGAGAACAUUUAGUCAGAAGUCAACCCUCAUACGACAUCAGGUAACCCAUAGUGGAGAAAAGCUCCAUAAAUGCCUCGAAUGUGGAAAAGCCUUCAGUAGGCACUCAACCCUUAUGAGCCAUCAACACAUUCACACUAGACAGAACACCCAUAGGUGUAGUGAAUGUGGACAGUCCUUUGGUCGGAAUAUAGAUCUUAUUCAACAUCAAAGAACCCAUACCAAGGAGAAAUUCUUUCAAUGUAGAGAAUGUGGGAAAACAUUUAGUUUUAAGUCAAAUCUUUGUCGACAUGAGGUCAUUCAUACUGGAGAAAGACCUUAUAGUUGUGACAAAUGUGGAAAAUCUUUCAGUUGGCACACAAGCCUUAUUAAGCAUCAGGGUACUCACAAAGGACAGAUAUCUACAUGA